GCUUUCAAAUUACCAAAUAAACUAAAGCGAGACGAUGAUGAUUACACAUGCUUUAAAAGAGAUACCAUAUACGAUUAUUUUCUUAAAGCAAAGUAAUUUAUUAGGUAAAAAAUUAAAAAUUUAUUUCUUGCGAGCUGGGAUGUCACCACCAGAAGAUGAUGAGUUGACUUUACCUCGAGCAUCUAUUAACAAAAUGAUAAAGGAGAUACUACCACAUGUUAGAGUUGCUAAUGAAUCUCGUGAGCUUAUUCUUAAUUGCUGUACAGAAUUCAUUCAUUUAAUUUCUUCUGAAGCAAAUGAUAUUUGUAAUCAACAACAAAAGAAAACCAUUAAUGCUGAACAUAUUCUUCAAGCACUGGAAAAACUAGGUUUUAGUGAUUACAGUGCAGAAGCAGAAGCAGUUUUAAGAGAUUGUAAAGCUGUAGCUGCAAAACGUAGACGUCAAAGCACAAGAUUAGAAAACUUAGGUAUUCCAGAAGAAGAGUUAUUACGUCAACAGCAAGAACUUUUUGCAAAAGCAAGAGAAGAACAAGCAGUUGCCGAGCAAAUUCAAUGGCAACAAUUACAAGCUGUUUCACAAAUGUCAUCUAUGAUGAAUAACGAUAAUGAUCAGGAUGAUUAUUCUUAAUCAAUUAAUGUCUUAUUUACU